CUGCGGCUGUGGCAGCGCGAAGAACUGCAAGCGAGAGACGCAGUGCAGGAUUCAUCAAAUUCUUCCCAAGUUCAGCGUAGCUAACAAAGAUGGCGUCGCACUCUCAGUACUAUUUUUGCUGGAACUGCGAAGAGUUGGACUCUGCGGAGAACAAGUGUAGCUCGUACUUGUCCUCCUCUUCGUCGGGGUCGGAGGACGAGCAGGCGGAAGACGAUGGGCAAGAUGAAGUGGAGGAAGAUUCGGUCGCCGACGAGCAGCAGCAGCAUGGCGAUGUCGACGACGACUACGAUGAAGAGGACGAAGAGGAUGAAAACGACGACGACGGCGACGAGGAGGAUGAAGACGAAGACGAUGAAAACGACGGCGACGAGGAGGAUGAAGACGAAGACGAUGAAAACGACGGCGACGGCGAUGAGGAGGACGAUGAAGACGACGAAUAUGAUGGUGACGGGAGCGACGGUGACGGGGCCAGCGACGGGUCUGACGGGGACGACGACGGUGACGACGAGGAUGAAGAUGGAGAAGAAGACGACGGUGGUAAGGGUAAGGAUGAAGAGGACGAGGGAGUUGACGGUGAGGAGGAAAAAGAAGAGGGCGAUGCCGAGAACGAGGACGGCGACGGUGACGGCAACGAUGGCGAUGGGGAUGGCGAGCAGAACGAGCAGAGUGAAGAUCCAGAGAGUGCAGAUGAAAAUCCAGAUCCGGAAGAGCGACAGUUUCACUUUUGGGCUCCGAUGUGUUGUACCCGGUGCGAGGAUGAGGUCAAGGGACACCUCGAGGGAUUAGAGGGCGUGAAGUCUGUGACGUGCGACUACUGGCAAAAGAAGGUGACCGUGAGCGUGACCGCGACAGCAGAUCGGUGUAAGAUUUUGUUCGCGUGCCACAGAGUGAAAAUCAGCGGCAUGCGAAAGUCCACCUAUUGGGAUGACCGUGAGUGAGCCCGUUUGAGCUGAUCGUAUUGUCGUACACAAGCUCAACCGAUUCUGCCAUUUUUUCAAUGUACCGAUAUUCAGCAGCUAUUUCCAGGGGCUGCGUCGAUCUGGACUCACCAGCUUUUCCUACUGCAGCAGUCGUCGAUAUGCUGUAGUCGUCGAACGAUGAGUUUGGGAUUGGACAUCACGAAGAACCAAAUCCGCUGAAUGCGUCUGACAUUAUCAGUUCAAUCGCGAUUCAAGCUCGAGACCGUUGUAGCUGAAACUGGUGCAAUCUCUUCUGCAUCCUGAAUUUUGCGAACACAAUUUUGUCCUACGUGCUUUGAAACCCGUUUCACACUAAAGGAUUCCAGCAUCGCGAAAUUUUGCUCUUGAUCACAUCAGUGCCAAAGGCGGAGACAAUCAGCGGAUGGAGUUUAACCAUCCACGACUAGGGACAGUCAAACUGCGUGGAGUUUCGGGAUUCCACGACAGCAAUUGUUGCUGAAUCCUUCGAUAGCUCGCAAGAAUUCCUCAGUGUCACAGAUUGAUAGCAUACCGGAUGUUGCCUUGAGGACGAGUCGGUAUGCACAAGCGUGUGAGGGGGUAUCGGCAAGACUCGACUUGCACGCGGGAAUGGAAAUAGCUACGGUGCAAGUUUACCACGUGUACAAUUAUUUUGAAUCUCAGGAAGCAACAUGUGGAUGGAUGUCGUCCGAGUUUUGACUUCCAGCUGUUUCAACGAGGCGUCACCUUCAGAUCAUGGCUGGAGCAGCUGGCGUUCGACCAGAUCUGCCAUCGUUCAUACGCGUGCAAUCCGAUGCAGAUGAAAAGCCACAUCAGCCGGCACUAUAAUUCUCUCUUCAGAUGUGCCUCGUAAUUUCAUUGUAGCUAGGACGGAGAUAAAUCACGAUCGAAGUUCUCCUUGUCUACUCUUCUUUUCUAGGCCAUUGGUGGUUCAAAAGCUUUCGAGUCAUCAAAGCUCCGCAUGCAGUCUUUUCUGAAGAAUUAAGGUCGACAAGAGUCGGAAAGGCGACGCAGUUGCUGGAAUUCAUCUCCGAUUGUCGGCUUCGGCUUUGAGAUUUGGAACUUUUGGACGUGCACACCUACCUGGUGAUCGCUUUUCGACGGAAAGGAGAUGUUCAAAAUCGAUGCCAUUUUGGCGAAAGCGGAGGUGGCCUUCUAAUUGAAUCCUAAGCCAACACCUAGCAAGCAGCUCUUGCAAAUCCCGCCAGGUUGCCUCUCAGGAAAAGUGGCACCUGAUACAUGGAGCGGGAGGCGGAGGCGCAAGCGCUCUUCCCAGCCCACAACUUCACUUAUGAACUGCAUUGGUCAUUAAAGUAAGUACGUGAAUACUGACCCCGUGAAGAGGCGUGCCGUGGGUUGCUCUUAGUCGCUCGAAAUGGUUUGCAGGGGCCAAAGGCUGGUCCUUUUCCGCCACUGCCACCGAGGUUUCGAAGCGAAACGCGGUAAAGAUAUUGCAGCACUUACAGUUUGGAAAUCGUACCUUCGUAUCCAACUGCACAUGGUGAGGCUUCGUUAGAAUCACGGGGAAGAUGUAUGAACCAACCCCAACAGCAGAAAUGCAAGCAGUUUUUGAGAAUCAGGCGGCGGCGCAAAAAGCCUGAUCGCAUCGUUAUAUCGCAGAGUAUCUAGCCUAGCUCACUGGGUGCGAGUGGGUCGAAAGUAAAAAGACUUCAGGCCUUCCACAAGCAUUUUCAAUCUUGUAUACGUACGUGUAUAUGCUGUAUUAUUACUAUGAGGAGUAUAUUCCCAAGUUAGUUGAAAGUUAGAGAUCUUCCUCUAUAAGUGAAAAGGGGGACAGCGAAUGGACAGUUAGGUACUGGUCGGAGGACAGAAGUGACGUAUCGGGAAAUCAAGUACUAUGUCGAUUCUCCAGAUGAAGACAUUGUGGAUUUUCCCAUGCCCGUGCAAAGGAUUAGCGGAUAUUGUGAAAAAGGUUUGAGCCUCAACCUCAGUUGUUUUUAUAUUUCUUUUCCUUUUUCAUUCUGUCACAUGUCUUGGUCGAGGUUUGUCCACUGACGUCAUUGAAAAGUGAAAUGACUGG